GUUUAUUGUCCGUCGUUCAUUACGGCGUCAGUUAAAAUGUUAAGGAUUUGUUUCUGUUAAUGUGUUAAUAAAUGAAUACCGUGUACUUGUAAUAGUGACAAAAUAAUUCCAGUGCAUGAAUAAUUAAAGAAUCUAUAUACAUAUGUAGUCAGAUUAGUAAGUUGUGAAGCAUUCUGUAUAAAAUGGAGCUACCGUCUAUUUUUGUCUCCAUUUUAACUGAGGAAGACUGGCAAGCGGUGCCAGCUGAGGUGGGCAAAAAAAUAGAAAAUUUUGUAAGUGAAAAGUUCGAAGAGUUCAUAACUUCCAAAGCUUUACUGGAAACCAAACAUUUUAACACUGACCAAAGCCUAGGUGAACUGAAGGCUCAAAAUGAGAAACUAGAACAAGAAUAUGAGUCACUGAAGUCUAAGUUAGAAGUAGCCAGUAACACUAUCUCUGAGUACGAGUCCCAACUUUCAGUCUUAACUACCGAUAUUAACAAACUGCAUACCCAAUGUAACAAACUAGAAGCCGAGACUGCCGAGUAUAGGCAUCAACGCAAUUUGGCUGUGGACGAGCGAGAUGAGCACCUUAAAAUGAUUCAACGACGAAACGGGGAAGUGGAAAGGUUGCAGUUAGAAAUAAACACUUUAACAAAGCAACUGGAGAGUGCCGUCAAUUCGAAAUGUGAAGCCCUAGCUCAAGCAGAUGAAGUGGCAUCAAUGAAAAUCAGGCUGGAAUACAGAGAGAAGCGAAUCGAACAGGAGCGCACACUUUUGAACAGCCAGAUGGAGAGCUUAACCCAGGAAUUGAACCAGAGAACAGAGGAACUGCUGAAUAUGAGAAGGGACAACACCUCUAGAUGUAUCCAGCUGGAAACGAAACUGACUGAGAAAAUGCAGGAACUGACGGUGGCUACGGAACAAAUUAAAUCGCUCACGGACUUGAAUAACAACUUGGUGACAAGAAACGAAGAGCUGUCGCAGAAGAUGAUCAAUCAGAGGGAAGUCGAUGCCAAAAUGAAUGAGUCGUACGUUUAUGAGAUCGAGGCUAAGACUAAAAUGGCUAAUGCUUAUAAAUCUAUGUACGAAGAGAGCCAACAGCACUCCGAGGAACUGAAGGAAGCUUUAUCCGAGGUUCAACAAUUAUUGAAAACGGCCACCGAGCAGUACGGCGAACUGGAGACUAAACACAAGGAGUCUCAACUGGCCCACGAGGAGAUUAUCGCGAAGAAAAACGAGUGCAUCGCUAUGUUGAAGAAAGAACUGGAAACGGCCAAUGAACUUUUAGAAAACUUUAAGUCAGACCAGUUGAACCGAGACGUAGAAGGUUUGUCUUCCACUGCGGCGACCGCAUCAAAAUUGAUAAAAUCCGGUCUAUCUUAUUCUGAAGUUUAUUCGAAGUACGUCAACAUCACGGAGCAAUAUACGAACAAAGAGGAGGAAUGUUCCCGCCUAAAUAAUUACAUAUCGUGUAUAGUGAGAGAGAUAGAAGAGAAAGGUCCGCUAAUAAAGAAACUAAGGGAAGACUACAGCAACACCUUGGACGCGAAUGACGCACUGAAAGAGUCUAACGACGCCUUACUGAACGAAGUGCAGCAGCUCCGAGAGGCCAACUCGGAAUGCAAGAGAUUGCAAGGGGUCGCGAUGAGGGAGAACGAACGGCUCAAGAAGGAAGUGACGGACCUCGCCAGGCAAGUCGUUCACUUGCUGCACGAAGUGGAGCAGUCCCGGAUAGGUGGGUCUUCCUCGACGUCCACCGACAACGACCUGAGCGACAGCAUCAGUUCCGCCGACAUAAUCACCAAGAAGCUCGUCACCUUCAAUGACAUCUCCGAACUACAAGCAACGAACCAGAAAUUGCUCGCUCUGGUCAGGGAAUUGACGGAGAGGCAAGAGGAGGUGGAAUCAUUUGACCCGGCGGCCAUAUCCAACUUGAAGAUGAAGCUGGAGGACCUGAGGGAGUCCCAGAACGAGCUCUUGGAAGAAAAGGACAGACAGAACAAGAUGAUGGGGACUUUACGCAACCAGAGGGACAUGUACAAAAAUUUGUACACGCAAGCGAUCAAAGCCACCGGCGAAGAUGUCCCUAUGCAGCUGGAGAGGUCGUUCUUGCCUGAUGGAAGCGAGGCCAAGAUGCAGACGGAUGCGGAAGCCCAAUUGGAGGAGAAAGUGCGAGAGUUGGCGGGCCAGAUCGAGAAGUUGAACAAGCAGGUAGAGCACCUGAAGGAGGAAAACGAGACAUACCGGAAGGAGAAAUCGGCCAACGAGAAGAUCCUCCUGGAACAACUAGACAACAUGCGCGGCGAAGUGAAGGAACUGACCAGACUAAACUGCAAGUUAAGCUCUCACGCCGACGUAAACGAAGAGAAAUUCAAAGUGAUGCAGAACAACACCGAAAUCUACAAGAAACAAAUCACCGCCUUGGAGAAGCAGAACAGGAUAUACAGCGAAGCCAUCAUAAAGCACGAACAGGCCGCCACUUACCUGAAAGACGAGACGUUGCAGUGCCAGACGAAGUUAUCCAAAGCCGAGGUGUUGCUCGGCAAUUUACAGAAGGAAAACGCUCUCCUUAAAGACGCCGAGCAGAGGCUGGUGAAGGAGAGGGAAUCGUGGAAGCGCGAAUCACACCAGCAGAACCUGAUCAAGACAAACAUUGAACUUAUCAAGGCGACACUGGAACGGACCGAUGCCGAGGGGCGACUCAAGCUGGAAUCGAGACUGGACGAGGCCCACAGGGAGUGUUCGGCGCUCCGCAGACGACUGCAAGAGGAACAGGACCACUUCCGGCAGCUGACUGAGCACCUCGAAAAACAAACGCACGAGGCGCAGAAGCGUAUGGAGGAAGAACGGGAACAGGCCGAGAAACUAAGGAAGGAACUGGCAGAAACGAGAGAAGAACUGAUCACCAAGACGGCUCAGAUCGAGGAACUGGGCAAGAAACUCAAAAUGGGCUUGUUCACUGUCGCCGACAGCAAUGCCGAGACGCAAAAGAUCAGGGAGUUGGAAUUACGACUGAGCGACGCCGAAGCGGAGGUCAAUUCGGCGAAGGCAAAACUGAAGACGGCCAAGGAGGCCUCAGAUGAAUACUUCAAUGUGGCCGAGGCAGCGGAGAAACAGGUGAAGGAGAGCUUGGAACAGCAAGAACGCCUGCAACAGGAAAUCGAGAAGCAGAAGGCCCUCGUCAAGGAGUGGCAAGAGAAAUGCUCUGAGCUCGAGGGUGAACUCUCUAUUCAAAUGGACGACCAGGACAUAACGAACGCCGACAUUAAGAGUAAAUCCUCACAGUUACAGGAAGAGCUCGGCGUGAAAACUAUGGACUUGCGAACCGCCAGGGAGCAGCUGGAGAGUGCCAGAUCGGAAAAUAAGUCUCUGAUUGAACAGCUCAAGGCCGUCGAAAAUAAAUAUGCAAGGGAAGUGACAUUGCAUUCAGUCGACUUGCAAGCCCUAACGUCCAUGAAAGAAGAACUAGACAAGGCUCUGGGCGUGACGAAGAAACUUGAGAGCGAGAAGGAACAGGCCGUCGAGGCCCUGACCCAGAAUAAGACGAACUGGGAGGAGCAAGAGAAAAUAUUCCAAAAGGAGAAAGAAGAGUUAGAGAAUCGAUUCAAAGACAUGGACUCUCAGAACAGCCUGUUGCACGACCAAAUCCAGGCCCUCAACACCCAACUCACCAUUCUGCAAAGUCAGGCGUCCGGCGAUCAGAACCAAUCCUUCGGAGACGCUUCAUUCAAUAAAUCUUUCACUGAGGAGGAAGCCAAGUCGUCCGAGCAGCUCCUGAAAAUCGUCAAAUACCUGAGACAAGAGAAGGACAUCGCCGUCAGCAAAGCCGAUAUAAUAGAAGCCGAACACUCUAGACUGAGAUCCCAGUUCGACAUGUUGAACAAGCAGCUGGAAGAAGCGAAGGCAACCGUCGAACUAGAACGUCAGAAGACGGAAGUGACGGUAGUGUCCGCGGCCAAGCACGGCGAGGUGUUACGCAAACUGGAAACCCUGAAUGCUAUCACCGACAGCAACCGCACCCUUCGUCAGGAACGUGACACCCUCCUGACGCAAAUAACCGAACUUAGGGAACGCGCCGAGAGGCUGGAGGCCGAGGUGGCGCCUUUGCAAGAGAAGAACAGGGAUCUAACCACUAAAGCCGACCAGAUGCAGAACGAGAACAUAUCGCUCCGGGCCGAGUGCACCAGGUGGCGUCAGAGAGCGAACAUGCUCAUCGAGAAGACUAACAGGACUAGUCCCGAGGACUGGAAAAAGCUCCAGACCGAGAGGGAGACACUCGCCAAACAACUGACCAUCGAGAGGUCCACCACCACCAAGUUGAACGACGAAAUCAAUAACUUGAAGCAGGACAAGAGUAAGCUGGAGGAGCAACUGAAGAGUCUGAGGGCGCAAAACAACCAACUCUCGGAAGAAUUGUCCAAGACACGCGACGAAGUGAACUCCCUGCAGACGCAGGUCACCCAGUUAACCAAUACGGUCGAUCAGCACAGCACCGAGAUUUUGAAAUACAAAGAAGAGAACCGCUUGCUGACGGAGGACACGGCCGGUAAAGAUGUGACGAUUACCGAACUGAAAGGCAACCUGGCCCAGGUGAGGAAAAUAGCGAAGAAGUACAAGAUCCAGUGUGAGGACCAGCUCAAGGAAAUCGAGGCCUUGAAGCAGCAGGGAGAGCAGAGGGAGAGCGAGCAGAACUCGAAUGCCGAACGGCAGGAACAGCUGAUGCAAGAGCAACGUUCGGAGUUGGAGGAACGCAUCGCCCAGAUGGAGACGAGUCAUAAGGAAAGCAUCGACACGUUGAAUCAACAGGUUUCGAGCACUUCGGAACAAAUAGAAACCUACAAGAAAGAAAUAGAAAAUCUGAAACAAAUAAGCCUAGAGAAGGAGGAGCGGUUUAAGAAUCUGUUCAAGAACGCCAAGGAACGUAUCGUGAGCUUGACCGAACAGAACAAUAACCUUAAGGAGGAGCUCCACAAGCAGGACAGGCCGGCUAGGUCGGACGGGGACGGAGCCGUGGAGGGUACAAGUAAGAACGAGGAACUAUUGGAGAAGAUAGCAGCUCUAGAGAGGGAGAGGGAUGAACUGAACGAGGAGAGGCUGCAAGAAAAGGAGAAGUACACCUCUGAGAUAGACGGUCUUACGCAGAGGGUGAAUCAGCUGCAGAGGCAGUUGGGGCUUCAGCAAGGUUCUAAGCCUACGACCAGUUCCGCGUCUUCUGAGAAGUCGGCCACGGAGAGGCCGACGGCCGAUAUCAAGCCUAUGGCAGGUCACUCGACUAAUACUCAAACCCAAUCAGUCCCUAUUCAACCGUGGCGCAGCGGUGGUGAGCCCCCGUUGGCCAGCAUCAGGCCCAUGUCUGCCCAAUUAAGGACCGUCGCGGUAUUACCGACAAGCCAAAGCCCCAGCGCCGUAAUGGUACCACCACAACAACAGGUUCACACUACCGGAUCGAGCACCAUCGAGGCGUUAUCCAGCAGCCCCACCAGCUCCCACACCGAUUACGUCCCCGCUACGAGCUCGGCUAGUGCCGCCCUCUUGGGGCCAAGACAGGUAGCCGUUCCACCGACCCAGUCCUCCCAGGACGUGGAGGACGAGGAUAACAACAUGCAGGUGCAGACGGCGCCCCAAACUCAAGCCGUCGCCCUCGUACUACCCAGAGUCGAGCCGCCCAGCAGCGGUCCCACUCAGGAACAGGGAACGAGCAGUAGCAGCAGCUCUAACACCGUCACCACGACACAGGCCGGGCUGAAGAGGCAGAGGGACGCGGACACGGACAGCUGCCAGGCCGACGAGCAGGGCAAGACGCAGCAGCAGAGCAAGAGGACCAGAGUUCAGGCCGGCACUGUGAGCGAUAGCGGGCUCGAAGUGGAAUACCAAGUGCCGACAAGCAGCCAGAGAGACCACGACGACGACAACGUUAUCGUGGUCGAGAGUGACGACGAAGGAGGAGCGGAUGAGGGCGAAGGCGCCGACGACGACCAGGAGGAUCCCGAUACGGAAGGCUACGACAUGGAGGGAAUGGAGCAAGACAACUACGAGGACGCCGACUGUCAGGAAGUGGAAGACGAGGAAGAGGCGGGCAACGAGGUGGAGGUCAUAGAGGAUUCCAGCGAAGUGCCGAAUCAGAGCGAGAGAUCCAUCCAGGAGAGCCCAGAGGAGGAGAAUUCCGAGCAGGCGCAAUCCGAAGCCAUUAGCAGUGGAACUGACGGCUCGGGCGGCAUCACCAUAUCGCAGGCUUCCACUUCCGUUUCCUUGACGGUCCCGUCGUUCUCUCGUACCCGACCGGUAGCGCCCUUGCCCUCCAGACAGCAGCAGUCUCACCUGCUCCUGCCGCAGAGCCUGGAAGACGGCGGAGACGACGGCAUAGUACCAUCCACCCCGACGCUGUACGUACCACGGCGUUCGGACGGGUUCGGAGAGGCCGUGAGCUCCCCUCACGUGCCCACCAGCGGCAGGUUUACUUUCAGCGAAUCGGCGCAGUUGAACGUGCCGGGAUCCAGCGAGAUCGUGCCGGAACAGAGCCUGGAGGCGGGCAGUCUGGACGACACCAGUACCGGGCGUAGCGUGCCCACUACCCCUCUGCAGUCAUCGCCACAGGAGGCCGUGCCCGCCGGCGACGAGCAGGGCUCCAGCCAGACGACUCAGUCUGACGCGGAGAUCCCCUCCAUAACGGUGAGCGGCGAGGCGGAUGAAAAUGAAACGGGAGCCGAGGGAAGUUCGGGGGAGUGCAUGGGACCCCCCGGCGUAGCGGGCACUUCCUCCGAGGGGGCCCAGGUCGAACAAGUCGAGGAGAUGCUCGAAGGAGACGACGGGGUGACCUCCGAGGGUGAGAAGACCCUAGCCCCCGAGGACGGAGAGGAAGAGGGUAGGGAAGCGGAGGCUUCCCCGAGCACCAACUCGAGGAUAAGGACGAUGCGGGGCGGUAAUUCCGCUCGUAGGUCUAUGAGAUCCUCUUUACCGCGAGGGAGUAUGGCUAGGUCCGGCCCCACGCCCAUAAUAUGGGGUGACCAGAGGACUUCCCCGCAGAGGCAUCAUCCGCAAGAUCGAGGCAGGGGAGGCCCAUCGCCCAACUUUCAGGCGAGAGCGGUGGCCAGGAGGGCGAGAGGUCGCCUUCAGAGACCUUUCGGGGGACGCUUUUAGAACUGAACUGUUUAAUUAUUAGGUCAUUCCAUAUCCCGUGCAUAUUCUUCAUAUAUUACUUAGAGUAGGACUUUUUUUUAAUUAUUUUUAUGGAAAAAACAUAGGAUUGGCUUUCUUUUUGAUGUUUUUCGCAGGUGUAUAAGUUAUUUUAAAAACGUGUGUGGAAGCAUCUAAAAAGUUUUGUUUUGUGUAUUAUAUAUUAAUCCGAUAGGUUUAGGAGUUUAAGGAGUAGUUUUGAAUGUAAUUGUUUAUUAUAUAAUACACCUAUGAAGUAGUAA